AGAAAAGAUACAACGCAUUCACAUUGUAUUUAGCUAGCAUCAGAUAAACAAGCUAAGACUUCUUUGCGUAACGUUACAUAAUUCGCGCUGCAUUAUGCUAAGCUUAUAAAGGUGUGUGUAUUUUACAAAAAUCCUUAGUUGAUCGGUGGAACGUAUAUCGCUGACAUGAAGGUACGCGUCUACUUGGUGGUGUUUUUGCAAUUUUUGGGAUAUUCUUGUGGAGUACUAUCGUUCAAAAUAUCUGAUGUCUUCCCAGUGUGUAAGAAAAAUGACGAUCAGUGCCUUACAGCUGCCAUAGAGAAAGCGCUACAUUAUCUUUGCGAGAACGGUCUUCCUGAGCUAAAACUCCCCAAACUUGAUCCAAUUGCCAUACCGGAAAUAUCCAUCGGAACUAAAGGAUCUGCAGCCGAUAUUUCUCAGAAGUACAUUGACGUUAAGCUGCAUGGCUUCAAAAAGGCGUCAGUAAGCAACGCUCACUUAGACUGGGAGAAGAAAAAACUAACGUUCACGGUCUUCGCACCUCAACUAGACCAAGUUUCUAGUUACGACUUCAAUGGAAGAAUUCUAAUAUUUCCUAUACGAGGGCAAGGGAAAGCAGUAUUAUCACAAUCCAACGUCACCGUCUACCACACGAUCCAAUUCGACACAGUGAAAAAACAGGACAAAGACUACUUCAAAGUAGUUUCUUACGUUAUAUCGACGAAUCCGUCAAAGACUAGCUUCAAAGUCGACAACCUGUUCAACGGAAACGAAGCAUUAUCCGAAAGAGUUCACGAGGUGGUGAACGACAACUGGAAGGUUCUUUGGGACGAGGCGAAAGCUGAUGUCGACCUGACGUACGCUAAGGUUUACGAGACCUUUGCUCAAAAGUUGUUCGGGAAACUACCUAUCAGUGACUUGGUGAUUCAAGCGUAGUAAAACAGUAAUCAUAGGUUUUAGAUGUGAGAAAAUUGUAGAAUGAAAGAUUUGGCAUUUGGAAUGAACAGAGAGGAGAAAGAGAAAGCGUGAAUUCUAAAAAAUACCCCAUGGAGAAUCGAUCGGCAAUAUUGAACUUUAACCACAAUAUGAUUUCAAAAGUCUGAGACCUUAGGGGACGAACUUUUCGUUUUUUCAAAAUGUAUAAAUAUAUAUGAAUAUCAAUGAAAGCAUCAUGCUCCCUCUUUAUGGAAUAUAAGGUCAAUUUUGUUGAUAAUGAAAAGUUGCCUAAUGUUUCAGCAGGUCCUACAAGUUCUAUUAGCUUUCUUUAUUAAUGAAUAUUUGAGUAUUAGAUGAAUGGAUGGCUAUGAUUUUUUAUUGUUAAUAUACGUUUAUUUAAGUU